AUGGCUACACACACGGUUACCCCAACACCUCGUGUUUUAAUCUUGGGGCACUCUUUUAUUCGACGCCUGCAGAAGUUCAUUGAACAUCAUAUCGGUUACCUUGAUUUAUCACUACAAAUUACGGCUGCCGCCGAUAUAACUUGGCAUGGCGUUGGUGGGCGUACAGUAGCAAAAACAAUCAAAUUUGAUCUGCACGUAGUUCGAUCUACACGCCCCGACAUAGUUAUCGUGCAACUUGGUACUAAUGACCUACCAUUUCAGUCUCCUCUACAAGUUGGGUCAGAACUUGAGGACUUCGUUCGUUUGUUGCACGAUUCUUACGGGGUAAAAUUCGUGUGAGUAUACCAAACCAUUCGUCGGCGCUCUGCUACUGCCUUUAGCAAAAACGUAGAUCUUAACACGUUCCCUACGGGUUGUCUUGGAAACCAUCCCUUACGCGAUCUAUUGGGGUCAUAGGGGUUUCUGGAAGGCUCGUCAUAAUUUUAUGCUGCUGAUGGCGUUCAUUUGAAUAGUAUGGGGCAAUAUAAGCUCUAUCGUAGUUUUAGAGGGGCAGUACUUAAGUCUACGCGGCUCUUGUCUAGUGUUGACAUUCAGCAGCGUAGCGUUGAUGUUAUUCUUUACGUUUUUUGAUCCUCGGGCCAGUUCCUUUGGUAUUGACUUAAACAAUUGUGUUUAUGAUUGUGUCAGCCUUUGAUUAUUUGCUUUGUCGUCGCCUCUUGGUUUUGAGCUCGACACUGACUGUACACCAUGAGUCGCAGUUUAGCGGCCAGCAUUUAUUGUGUCAGUCUUUGAUUCAUGCAUUUUAGUCGUUGCCUAUUUAUUUGAGCAUGACACUGGCUGUACACUCUGAUUCUAUCGGCUCCUUUUGGAACUCUUUGUUAGCUACCCGGAAAGUUUGGGUUUAUAAUUUGCAGUCAGAUACCAUUUUUGAGUGUACAACAUAUCUCCGGCCGCCUGAUCUUUGUCGGGUGUGCCCAAUGCACUCGGUAUUCUGUACCUGCCGUUGAUUUUGUUUUAUUUUAAUUUGAUUGUCUAUUGUUGUUAUUAUUGAUUUUUGUUGUGCUCGUUUGACUGGAACUUGGCCCGCGAUGUUUUUCUUUAUUUUAACUUCGGCUUCUCCUCCCCUGUUUGUCAUUCCAACAUUGUUCUCGCGUACUCGUGGGUUUUGCCCCUCUAAAGAAUGUUAGACAGGAAAUUUUUAUCUUACAUGGAGUUAAUUAACCGUAACGGUCUUUGUUGAUAAGUCAUGCCUCCCAAGAAGCGCCAACAACCUAAUUUGCCUAAGCGAAAACAGUCCAAGCGAAUGCGACCUUCCGACCUCACAGAGACGGCUCCCUAG